UUUGAAAAUGCCAAACAUAUACAAAAUUCAAGUAAUUUAAAUUGAAAAUUAAAAUAAAAAUUUUCUCGUCAAAAAAAAUGUACAAAUGAAAAAAAGUAUUUUUGCCCUAUAAAAAAAAAUAUGAAAAGAAUAAUAAUGAAUAAUCAAAAAAAGGAGUGUAAUAAAUAUAGAGAGGAAAGAAAAAAGAAAAAGAAAUUUUCUAAAAAUAAUGAUUGUGAACAAAAAUUAUUUUGUAAUGUUAAAUGUUCAAAAAAGAAAAUGAAAAAAUCAAUUAAACCUUGUUUAUUUAAUGAUGAGAUGAAAUGUAACGAUUUAUUGAAUAAAAUAAAACCCCCUCUUUAUGUAAGAGAAAAAUACACUAAUCCACAGCAUGUUGUUUGUUUCAACGAAAAAACACAAAACACACGAAAACAGAAUGGGAUAAUUUAUACAACCGCAGAAGAAGACGAAGAUGAAAAUUUGAAACAAAAAAAAAUUAAUUCCUGGUGUAAAAAUUUUUUAAAUGAAAAAUCAUCCGAACCCUCGGUAUUAAAAUGCGAUUCUAUUUGUUCCUUUGACAGUACAAUUAAUUUGAAAGGAUUGUGUCUGACGGCAAAAGAAUUGAAAAAUAUUGAAAAAAAUCGUAGAAUUACUCCUUCAUCAAUGGAAAAUAAUAAGGAAGAAAUUAAUGAAGAUAUAAAUAAAGAUAUUGUUGAAGAUAAAAAUUGA